UCAACCCUCACCUGUUCUCCGCAUACUUUCUCUCUCUCUCUCUCUCCCUCGCUCUCUCUCUCUGUGGAAGAAGCAAUUUGCUUCGCACUGAUCGCGAGGCCUUGCCUUUCGCGUUCGCUCCCUCUUAACGACAAUGGCGGAUGAAGAGGUUGUGGCGAUCUCACCGCCUUCGGAUCACAAGCGGAAGCUCGAUGAUGUGGAGGCCGAACAAACCCUAGAACCUGCUGAGGAACCCUAUGCUGUCAAUGACUACACGCCUGUGGCGGCUUCUGAUGCACCAGAUGCGAAGCGUCCUCGCCACGACGGCGACCCCGAGGUUUCGGAAAUAGCUAAUGGAAAUGGAUACCAAGUUGAGAAGGGAGAUGAGCCUGGGCAGGAAAAUGGUAUAGCAACAACUUUGGAUAGUAGUGAGGUUGAGGAGGCUCAACGCCAGUCAAAGGAGAGUGAACGAAUUGCAGAUGACGAGAAAACGCCCGUGAAAUAUCAUGGUGCGGAAGAUAUUGACAAGGAAUCUCAGGACAAUGCCCACGGAACUUCCAAGGAAGAAGUUGUGCUGACGAUGGACGUUAAUGAACAGGAAAUCUCUGCCCAACAGCAGCAAGCAUCUGAUGAUGGUCAUACUUUGACACACAAAAUUCAAGUUCCUAACAGUAAGGUUGGUGUUCUUAUUGGUAAGAAUGGAGAUACCAUAAGGUACCUGCAGUACAAUUCUGGGGUGAAAAUUCAGAUCGUGAGGGAUGCUGAAGCUGAUUUGUCAUCUGCAACAAGACCUGUGGAACUAACAGGAACAAAGGAGAAUAUUAGCAAGGCUGAGAACCUUAUUAGGGAUGUCAUAGCAGAGGCUGAUGCUGGUGGUUCCCCUUCCCUUGUAGCCAAAGGCAUUGCAACUGCACAGGUUCCUGGGUCUGCAGAACAAAUUGAACUGAAAGUGCCAAAUGAGAAGGUCGGUAUACUAAUAGGCAGAGGUGGAGAUACUAUCAAAAGUCUGCAGACAAGAUCUGGGGCCCGCAUACAGUUAAUACCUCAGCAUCUUCCUGAGGGAGAUGAUUCCAAGGAAAGAAUUGUCCGAAUUACUGGUGAUAAGAGGCAAAUUGAUGUUGCCACACAGAUGAUAAAAGAAGUUAUGAAACAGACUCCUAGACCUUCACCUCUGUCUGGUGGGUUUAGUCAGCAGACUCAUCGAUCGGUGGGGCCAGGGGGUCCACAGUGGGGUUCACGUGCUCCUUAUUCUUCCCAUCCAGUGCAAUAUGAUUACCAACAAAGAGGACCAUAUCAAUCUCAGAAUGCACAAUAUCCUCCUACAGCCUAUGGUGGUUAUUCCUCUCCAAGGAGUGGCUUUGGCCCUGGUUGGGAGCAAAGGCCACCUCGUGGUGGGAGCUAUGACUUUUUUGGUGGAUAUGGAGGACAUCCAGCAAGUAUGCCUCACUCAGGAUCCAUUUCGGGACAUUUUGCUGGCCAAUCUGGCCCACCGCAGUCAUUAGCAGGUUACAAUUACGGGCAGCAAAGAGGUCCAAAUUAUGGGCAUCCGGGUCCUUACUCUCAGGCCGGGAACCCUCAGCAGAAUUACGGGCAUGGAUAUGACGAAACCAAGUACGAUAAUGCUCCAGUGCACCCCUCAUAUGGAGGUCAAAACUCAGGGCCGGUUUACUCUCAAACUGCUGCUGCUGCUGCUGUUUCCCAACCUGGUUAUGCACAACAAUAUGGGUCCAGUCAGCCAAUCCAACAGUAUGGUUCAAGUGUGCCAUCCCAGCAGGUGUACCAAUACCCAGCAGGUGGGUCCGUGCAGCAGACAUAUCCCGCAUAUGCGUCUGCACCUACCACAGAUGGAAGUCAGCCUGGCGCUGUCUAUCCACAGCAAGUACAAGCUCCUCCUGCCUAUGGUCAACCUGCUACUGCUGGGGCAUAUGGAUCAUACACCGAGCAGCCAGCUGCAGCCAAUCCUGGAUAUGGAUAUCAAGCACCACAAGAUGCUGGUUAUGGUGGGGGUGCAGGUGCUGCUUAUGCUGCCGCUCCGAGCAGUCAGGCUCAGCCGGGCUACAUUCAACAGCCAACCGCCCAACUGGGCUAUGAUCAAUCAGUUGCACAGUCAGGUGGUUAUGGUAGUGUUCCUGUGAGUGCUCAAGCCAGUUAUCCUCAGUAUGAUUCUACUCAGGUCUAUGGUGCGCGCUGAAUACUGUUUUCUUCUUGUCUUUCGACGAUUGUAUGUUAUGUCUAGCGUUUUAGUAACGGGGAAAGUUAUAUCGGUUAUUUGUUCUUUCUGAACAGACCAACUUGAUUAGGCUUUAGUUGAAGAUGACCCAGCUAUGUUGUCUCGAUUUAGGCGUAGCGCUCUCUCUUGCUUUUGGAAAUCUUUCCCUUCUCUGCACUGGUUAUGAGAUGACACAACUGCGUGAUCACAUGGAAAUUACUUAAACUUUAUUUUGUAGCUAUCAAACAUUGUCUAGUUCAAUUGUUUUUGGUU